GUGUCGAUACAAUCUUUAUUAACCACCGAGAUCCAUUGGCAAUUUACCCUGCCAACGCUCUCUUCGACGGAACUUUGAAUUAGAUCUUGAAAUCUACCACGUGCCAACCGGCAAACAACACUCCUUAUUCUUUUCUCUUGAAGAGGAAAGCCGAAACAUAAAAAGAAUACCAAAUCACAAGAACAGCCAAGAUGCAGAUUCGAUCUUUUCUCAUUGCCGCCCUGGCUGCUGGUACAGCCACGGCUCACAUGAACAUGAAGGACCCUCCCCCAUUGGCAUACAAGGGUAACCCCAACUCCAAGGACCCGAACAUCGACUACUCUAUCACUUCUCCCAUCACCAAGGAGCAAUACCCUUGCAAGGGUUAUCUCAAGUUGAUCGGUACUGCCGAGGGUGCUUCCGUCAAGACCUACGCUCCCGGUGGCUCGUACUCGAUGAGCGUCGAGGGAGGUGCCUACCACAACGGUGGUAGCUGUCAGCUCUCUCUGUCCUACGACAAGGGCAGCACAUUCACCGUUAUCAAGUCCUUCAUUGGUAACUGCCCUACCGCCUCGGGUGGUACUUUCAACUUCGACAUGCCCGCCGAUGCUCCUGAGGGCGAUGACGUCGUUUUCGCCUGGACUUGGGUCAACAACACUGGUAACCGAGAAUUCUACAUGUCUUGCGCCAUCGUCACCAUCAAGAGUGGUGCCGCAAAGCGCGAACUUCCCAUGCCGAACAUGAAGCGCGACACUGCCUUUUCUAGCCGCCCCCAAAUGUUCACGGCGAACCUGGACGGUGAAUACUGCACCAAGGAAGGCGUCGACACUGUUUACCCCGAGCCCGGCCCAGACGUUGAGAACACGUCUACCAAUCCCGGCCCGGCAAUCUUGUGUGCCACUGGUGCCGAUGCUCCCGAAGGUGGCUCCGGUUCCGGUUCCGGCUCUGGCUCCGGUGCUGGUUCCAGCUCAUCGGCCGCCGCAAGCACUCCCGCUACUACCUCCGCUGCUGCCCAGUCCAGCUCUGCUGCUGCCCAGCCCACAAUUACUGGUGGUGUUUUCCUGACUGUGCCUCCUUCCGGAAGCGCAAGUGCUACUCCUGCUUCCUCGACUCUGGCUACGGUAGUUGUUCCCUCUUCGAGCGCAGGAACUGGUGCCGGUGCUUCUUCCUCAGUUGUUGCUGCGCCUCCCGCGGCAUCAUCCCCUGCUGGCACUCCCACUACCAGCGCUAAGGCUCCUACCUCUACCGGUGGCGCCGGUGCCGGUGCUGGUGCUCAGUCUGGUGCUUGCACCAACGAGGGUGCAUGGGCUUGCUCGGCGGAUGGCGCUUCGUUCCAGCGAUGCGCUUCCGGCCAGUGGAGCGCGGCCAUCCCUAUGGCCUCGGGCACUAAGUGCACUCCCGGCAUCAGCAACACCUUCCAGAUCGGCCGUGUCCGACGAGACCGCGUUCGCCGCGCUGCUCAGAUUUAAAUCGGACUGCUGAGACAGCUCCGAAAUUUACCUAGCACAUAACCUUUCAUCUCAAGG